AAAUGGUGAUAAUCAUGUUUCAAGUCAUUCGAACAGCCGCCUGCACUACGAGGGAAUUCUCAUCAUAAAUUUUAAAUAAGUUUAUAUUUCAGUUCUAUAUAGUUUGCUCAUUUAGCUUUCAUUUCAUUUUCAAGACCAAUAAAGUGAGACGGCAUCCUAAUCUACCACCGCCAGGCACUUUGUUACACACCAUAGAACCGACGAGAUUUGACGAGAAAACACAGACGAACUACAAACACAAUGGAGAAAUUAGUUUUUGGGAGUAUUUAUUUGCUAUCAAUGAUUUUGGUAUGCUUGGCAGACGAUGUAACAGACGAAGAAUUGUUAAAAACGUUACUAACAGACCCACCAAGAAGCAAGCUUCGAGACAUUGUUGAUGAACUUUUAUUAGAACAAGAAACACCUUCCCUUGACGCUCUCUUAGCAGUUGAUGACCGACAACUCUCGUCAGGAAAAAGAAUAUUUUGUAACGGAGCCGUCGGUUGUUUAAAUAGAUUCCGACGCAGGAAACCUCAGGAUUCGGUAGAACAGAUGUCAUUGAUUAAAAAGCGUCCAUUCUGCAAUGGUUUCUUUGGAUGUGGGAAUGGGAAACGAUCAUAUGAUGUACCUGUGAUAAGAGACGAACAAAGACAACCACAACAGAAAAGGCUUUUUUGUAACAUGGGUGGUUGUGGAAAUGGAUAUGGAAAGAGAACUCUAUAUUCUGCAUUACUUGACCGACUUCAACCGGUAGCAGACGACAAAAGCCUUUAAAAAUAGG